AUGGCUUCAGGCAGCAACCCAGAGCCGUUGCGGCAUAUCCGCAAGGCCCUGAUCGCCAACAGGGGCGAGAUUGCCGUCCGGUGCGUCAAAGCCUGCAAGGAACUCGGCGUCCACAGCAUCGCCAUAUUCACAACCGCGGAUGCAACCUCGCUGCACGCAAAACUAGCGGAUGACUCCGUGCUGCUCCCCGGCGACGCUGCCACCGCCUACACUGACAGCGCUUCCAUCUUGGAGGUGUGCAAGCGCGUGGGCGCAGAUGCCGUCAUCCCGGGGUACGGCUUCCUCAGCGAAGAUGCCGGUUUCGCAGACGCCGUCGCUGCCGCCGGCAUCGUCUUCGUCGGCCCGUCGGCCGCAUCCAUCCGCGCCGUGGGCCUCAAGCACGAGGCCCGGGCCGUCGCCGUCGCCGCCGACGUCCCCGUCAUCCCCGGUACCGCGCUACUCGACUCCACGCCCGCAGCCUGCGAAGCAGCCCGCGCCCUCGGAUUCCCCGUCAUGCUCAAAGCGACCGGCGGCGGCGGCGGCGUGGGCCUGCACGUCUGCAACACCGAGGCGCAGGUCGCCGACGCCUUCACAGCAGUCCAACGCCGCGGCAACGCGCUGUUCAACAACGACGGCGUGUUUUUAGAGAGGUACUAUCCAAGCGCGCGGCACGUCGAGGUACAGGUAGCCGGCAACGGCGCCGGCCUCGUCGUGGCGCUCGGCGAGCGCGAGUGCUCCCUGCAGCGCCGCCACCAAAAGGUCGUCGAGGAGUGUCCGAGCCCGUUCGUCGCGCGCCGGCCCGAGCUGCGGGAGCGUCUGUGUCGCGCGGCGACGCGCUUCGCCUCGCGCCUGGCGUACAAGAGUGUGGGCACGGUCGAGUUCCUCGUCGACGACGAAACGGCCGACUUCUUCUUCCUCGAGAUGAACACACGCCUACAGGUCGAGCACGGCGUAACGGAGCUUUGCUACGGGGUCGACCUGUUGCACCUCAUGCUGCGGCAGGCCGACCACGAGCGCGCGGGCAGACCGGGCGUGCCGUCCGAGGAACUCCGGGAGCUAGUGGGAGGGGCGUCGCAGGGAUGGGCGAUAGAGUGCCGCGUGUAUGCCGAAGUGCCACUGCGGGACUUCAUUCCGGCGCCCGGCGUGCUGCAGCACGUUCGAUGGCCGGAGGGUGAUGGAAUCCGGGUCGAUACGUGGGUGACCAGCGGACAAGUCAUCACACCGCACUACGAUCCCCUGGUCGCCAAGAUCAUGGUCCACAGUCCCGAUGGCCGAUCGGCCGCGCAGGUGCUGAUGCUCGAGGCCCUAACGAAUACCGCUCUGCAGGGCACACAGACCAACCUGGAGUAUCUCGCCAAAGUCGUCGCCUCUCCCAUGUUCGUCGACGCCCGGACGCUGACCGACUCGCUGUCCACGUUCCGCUUCGAGAGCUGCUCCGUGCAGGUGCUCGACCCCGGCGUCCUCACCACCGUUCAGGACUACCCGGGCCGCGCCGACGUCGGCCACGGCAUACCGCCCGGCGGGCCGAUGGACGACCUCAGCUCUCGCGGCGCCAAUGUCCUCGUCGGCAACGAACCCGGCGUGGAGCUCCUCGAGAUCACCCUAGUCGGGCCAGAGCUGCUGUUCCACGAGGCCGCCGUCGUGGCAAUAUGCGGCGCAAAGCUUCCCGUUACCCUUCAGGGGCAGGCUCGGCCAAUGUGGUCCCGGCUUGUCGUCGGAAAGGGCCAGACGUUGAGGCUUGGACGUGUAGGACGGCACGGCGCCCGAGCAUAUUUCGCAGUCAAGGGUGGCUUCCCGCAGGUGGCCAGGUAUCUGGGAUCCAAGUCGACCGCGCCGGAGCUCGGCAUCGGCGGCGUCCAGGGAAGGAAGCUGCAAGAACACGACAUCUUGGCUCUCGAUCCUCAAUCGGGAACAUGGGCGCAGCAGGCAUCUCCGUUUUCGCUGCCAAAGGAAAGCCUGCCCGUCUUCGACUCUGAUAACGCCAUCGUCAUGCACUGUCUAGACGGGCCGUAUGGAUCGGAAGACAUCCUCUCACCAGAAGGCCAGGAUACGCUCUACAAUUCCGAGUGGUCCGUAAGCCACAACAGUAGCCGCAGCGGCGUGCGCCUGUCCGGCCCGCGGCUGAAGUGGGCGCGCACCUCAGGAGGCGGCGGCGGAUCGCAUCCAUCCAACAUCUUCGAGUAUGGGUAUCCCGAUGGUGGCGUCAACUUCACCGGCGAAUCACCCAUCAUCUUUGCCCACGACCGACCCGGCCUUGGCGGUUUCGCCUGCCUAACGACGGUGUGCUCCGCCGAUAUGUGGAAGGUCGGGCAGCUGAGGACGGGGAACAAAGUGCGGUUCCUGUCGAUUUCGUUCGAGGACGCCCUCCGGCUUUCAGAGAGAAAGCGGCAAUAUCUACAGGCUAUUGCAGCGUACUCACAGGGUGGUGAUUGUGCAAUACCCCCUCCGCACGUCCAAGUUGCCAAAGCUCCGGCGUCUUCCAUUUUGCACCAGACACCGGCUUCAGGCAGUCAUCCUCGGGUGACGUACCGCCAGGGUGGUGAUGCCGGCAUAGUUGUCGAAUAUGGGGAGCAAGUGCCAAACUUGAGAAACACUACUUGCGUCCACCUUCUCCUGCAAGGACUCUCUCGCGCUCAGCUCCCCGGCGUCCGCGGCGAGCCCAACUUUGCCACGCUCACCGUGUACUUCAACCCGCAAAAGACACCAAGGGCGAGUCUCCUAGCGCGACUUCUCCAGCUAGACAGCGAAGUCGGCGAGGUCUCCGGCAUUCAGAUACCGGCGAGGCAGGUGAGGCUGCCGGUCUGCCUUGACCAUUCAUCGCUUGCCGAGUCGAGCCAGAGAUACAUGGAGCAUGUCCGGCCGACCGCGGCUUACAUGCCAGACAACGUGGAGUACCUACGUAGAAACAAUGCCCUCGCGACCCGUCAAGAUGUGUUCGAUACCGUCCUCAAGGCCCCGUGGCUGACCGUGGCCGUCGGCUUCUUCGUCGGCACGCCCAUCUUGUACCCCCUCGAUCCGUGGCGCGUCAUCACCGGUCAAAAGUACAACCCGACGCGUACAUACACCCCGCGAGGCUCCAUCGGCCUGGGCGGCUCGCUGGCCGCCAUCUAUCCAGUCGCCUCGCCGGGAGGGUACCAGCUGAUGGGCCGCACGCUGGGCGGCUGGGACGCCGCGGGCAACCGGCCUGGCUUCUCGCCGGAAAAGCCCUGGCUGUUCAACCAGUUUGACCUCGUCAAGUUCUACCAGGUAUCCGAGGAGGAGUACGCACGGAUUGAGCAGGACUUUGAGGCGGGGCGAUUCGUCUUCGACAUUACCGAGACCACCAUCAACAUGGACGAGUACAUCGCUCAGUUUGACGAAGUCGCGCGGAAUCCCAAAUACCAGGACUGGAAGCGAAGAAAGGAGAUGGUGUCUAUUGACAUGGCCGAUUUGGAAGAGAAGCUGUAUCAGGAGUGGGUGGAAGCACAGAAACUGGCGACAGCAGAUGCGACGGAGCAAGAGGGCGAUGAGGAGUCGGACGAUGUGGCGCUGAUCAAGUCGCCCGUAGACGCCAACGUCUGGAAGGUGCUUGUCCAGGAGGGUGACGAGAUCAAGAAAGGACAAGUUGUGGCCAUAUUGGAGGCUAUGAAGAUGGAGAUCAACAUCACCGCUGGGGAGAAGGAGGCUGGCUUUGUGGUAGCAGGCAUUGCGCAGCCUCCGGGGAGCGUUGUAUGUCCCGGCAAGGUGAUUAUCAGAGCGAGGAGGAAUGAAUGA